AUGAAAUUGGUUGAUAUUGUAUUCGUGCUGACUGCGGCAGCAACCACUAAUGCAAUACUGAUACCGGCUAAUAACGAUGACUCACCCCAAGCAUCAGGCACUUCGAGUCAAGUAUCUGGUCCAACCAAUGAACCUAAUCCAGGCACUUCCGAAUACUGGCAAAGCCUAAUGGAUAUAAUUAAUUCAAGCAUUUUCGACAAAGACCAGCAACAAUCGAUAGAUGUAGUUGAUCCAAGUACUUCCAAAUUAGCUCAAGAACAACCAAUUGAUGAAUUGGGUCCAAGUAUUUCUGAACAAGAUUGGAAAAUCAUAAUAGAUGGACCCGAUCCAGGCAUUCCAGAAGAUUGGCGAGACUUGAUUGAUGAAGUCAAUUCAAAUAUUCACAAUCAGGACCAACAACAACCAAUUGAUAUAGCUGGUCCAAGCACUUCCAAACGAGGACGAAAACGGCCAGCUGAUAUAGCUGGUCCGAGCACUUCCAAACAAGUCCGAAAACAGCCAACUGAUAUAGCUGGUCCAAGCACUUCUGACAAAUACUGGCAAAGCCUAAUGAAUAUAAUUAGUCUAAAUAUUCCCAGCCAAGACCAACAACAACCAAUGAUUCAUGACAGGUCGGGCAAUACUGGAUCGAAUCAAGUGACUGGAUUAAGUCGAAGAUAUCAGAAGGUUCUUGAUGGUAUAAAUCAAAAACUUGAAGCGUCUAGAAUAAUACAAAAGAAAAAACGCAAAGAAUAUUAUGACCAUCAAGCAAUUGGAUUGGAGCAGCAAUCAGCGCUAUUAAUGGGCAGAGAGAUACCCAACUCAACGUACAACCCAGACACUGAAAAGCAGUUGAAAAAAGAGUAUGAAAAGGCAAGCAGAAAAGUAUACAAUUUAAGACGAGACCUGAGAGGUUUUAUGAAAAAGCAUGGUUUAGAUUUUGAAGAGCCGGAGUUGGAUUGA